CUUUUCCGGUAGUCUCUGAAGAUGGCGGACACUGAGCAGAAGAAGAAGCGUACCUUCAGGAAAUUCACCUACAGAGGUGUGGACCUGGACCAGCUGCUGGACAUGUCCUAUGAGCAGCUGAUGCAGCUGUAUAGCGCCAGGCAGAGGAGGAGGCUGAACCGCGGCCUCAGGAGGAAGCAGCAGUCUCUCCUUAAACGCCUCCGCAAGGCCAAGAAGGAGGCGCCACCCAUGGAGAAGCCAGAGGUGGUCAAAACUCACCUGAGAGACAUGGUCAUCCUGCCCGAGAUGGUGGGCUCCAUGGUCGGCGUGUACAACGGCAAGACCUUCAACCAGGUGGAAAUCAAGCCUGAAAUGAUUGGUCAUUACCUGGGAGAGUUCUCCAUCACUUACAAGCCUGUUAAGCACGGUCGUCCUGGUAUUGGAGCCACUCAUUCUUCCCGCUUCAUUCCUCUGAAGUAAAAAGUCGAUGAGUAUGUAAAUAAAAGCCUCC